ACGCGCGCGCUGCCGCCGCUGCUUAAAGGGGCCGCGGGAUGUGCGAGAUGUUCCCUGCUGGGCUCUAGGAUGUUGGAGAACCGAGAGGAAGAGCUGACCACGGUGCGGGUGCAGGAUCCCCGCGUGCACAACGAGGGCUCCUGGAAUUCCUACGUGGAUUACAAGAUCUUCCUGCACACCAACAGCAAGGCUUUCACCGCCAAGACCUCGUGCGUGCGGCGGCGCUACCGGGAGUUCGUGUGGCUGCGGCGGCAGCUGCAGAGGAACGCGGGGCUGGUGCCGGUGCCGGAGCUGCCGGGCAGGUCGGCGUUUUUCGUGGGCAGCACGGAUGAGUUCAUCGAGAGGCGGCGGCAGGGCCUGCAGCACUUCCUGCAGAGGGUGGUGCAGAGCGCCGUGCUGCUCUCCGACAGCCGCCUGCACCUGUUCCUGCAGAGCCAGCUGCCCGUGGCCGCCAUCGAGGCGUGCGUGCAGGGCCGGGGCCCGCACUCGGUCACCGAGGCCAUCCUGCACUACGCCAUGGCGGGCCCGGCCUGGGGACAGCGCGGGGACAGCGCCGGGGGCGCCUGGGGACAGCGCGGGGACAGCGCGGCCCCGCCCGCAGCCAGCUGUGCUGGCCUGGAGAGCUUCCCCUACUGGAGUGACUUUGGCAUGGACGAGGCACGGCCAGAGAGCCCAGCUGGACACAGAGUGACCCCUCUGGACAGUCCAGAGAGCCCAGCUGGACACAGAGUGACCCCUCUGGAUAGUCCAGAGAGCCCAGCUGGGCACAGAGUGACCCCUCUGGACAGUCCAGAGAGCCCAGCUGGGCACAGAGUGACCCCUCUGGACAGCCCAGAGUGUCCAGCUGGGCACAGAGUGACCCCUCUGGACAGCCCAGAGUGUCCAGCUGGGCACAGAGUGACCCCUCUGGACAGUCCAGAGAGCCCAGCUGGGCACAGAGUGACCCCUCUGGACAGUCCAGAGAGCCCAGCUGGACACUGAAUGACCCCUCUGGACAGUCCAGAGAGCCCAGCUGGACACAGAGUGACCCCUCUGGAUAGUCCAGAGUGUCCAGCUGGACACAGAGUGACCCCUCUGGACAGCCCAGAGAGCCCAGCUGGACACAGAGUGACCCCUCUGGAUAGUCCAGAGUGUCCAGCUGGACACAGAGUGACCCCUCUGGAUAGUCCAGAGUGUCCAGCUGGACACUGAGUGACCCCUCUGGACAGUCCAGAGUGUCCAGCUGGACACAGAGUGACCCCUCUGGACAGCCCAGAGAGCCCAGCUGGACACAGAGUGACCCCUCUGGACAGUCCAGAGAGCCCAGCUGGACACAGAGUGACCCCUCUGGAUAGUCCAGAGUGUCCAGCUGGACACAGAGUGACCCCUCUGGACAGCCCAGAGAGCCCAGCUGGGCACAGAGUGACCCCUCUGGACAGCCCAGAGUGUCCAGCUGGGCACAGAGUGACCCCUCUGGACAGCCCAGAGUGUCCAGCUGGACACUGAGUGACCCCUCUGGAUAGUCCAGAGUGUCCAGCUGGACACUGAGUGACCCCUCUGGAUAGUCCAGAGUGUCCAGCUGGACACAGAGUGACCCCUCUGGACAGCCCAGAGUGUCCAGCUGGACACUGAGUGACCCCUCUGGAUAGUCCAGAGUGUCCAGCUGGGCACAGAGUGACCCCUCUGGACAGUCCAGAGAGCCCAGCUGGGCACAGAGUGACCCCUCUGGAUAGUCCAGAGAGCCCAGCUGGGCACAGAGUGACCCCUCUGGAUAGUCCAGAGUGUCCAGCUGGACACAGAGUGACCCCUCUGGACAGCCCAGAGAGCCCAGCUGGGCACAGAGUGACCCCUCUGGACAGUCCAGAGAGCCCAGCUGGACACUGAGUGACCCCUCUGGACACCCCCAGGCCCCGCUGCCCUCGCUGGGAGAGGGAUCAGUGUGGAGCCACUGGGAUGGACUGGGAGCACUGGGAAUGCGGCCCCAGCCAUGUCCGAGCUCUUUCCAAUCGGAUUCCCGAUAUUCCUGAUAUUCCCUGAUAUUCCAGCAGUGUUUUCCUCACUCUGCUUCUGCCUCAAAUCCCUCUGGAAUCCCUGAACUGGGCUCCAAUCCCUCUGGAAUUCCCAAUCUGGGCUCCAAUCCCUCUGGAAUUCCCAAACUGGGCUCCAAUCCCUCUGGAAUUCCCAAUCUGGGCUCCAAUCCCUCUGGAAUUCCCAAACUGGGCCUAUCAGAGCCGAGCUUCCCACUGGGAAAAGGGAGAGAUGGGGCUGGAAUUUGUGUCCCCUUCCCGCCAGGGCUGUUCCAGGGAUUUUUGGGAAAGCAGGAGCAGCUCGGGGGGUUUUGGGGUCCUCCCCUCCCUCAGCACUUGGUGUGGGAAAUAAGAUAAAUAAAAAUGAAAAUAAAAAUAAAGAAAAUUAAAACGGAA